GGCUCUCCAUAUCGUGUUGUUAUUUCACAACAAUUCAGUCAGUUCAGUUGAUAUCAGAUCUAAAUCAUUUUUUUGCGAUAAAUACAUAUUGUUGGUGAAAAUGUCUUUGAUCCGUCAAUCCUCCCGAUUGCUGACUGCACAGCUGCGUCGAGUACAGAGCGUGCCAUGCGCUAUGUACCAUGAAAAUGUUGUUGAGCACUAUGAGAAUCCGCGCAACGUGGGAUCGCUAGACAAGAAGGACGUGAGCGUUGGGACGGGACUCGUUGGCGCUCCGGCAUGUGGUGAUGUGAUGAAAUUGCAGAUCAAAGUGGACGAGAAUGGCAAGAUCAUCGAUGCCAAGUUCAAAACAUUCGGCUGUGGUUCGGCAAUCGCCAGUAGCUCGCUGGCCACCGAAUGGGUUAAGGGAAAGUCCAUCGAUGAAGCUGGCAAAUUGAAGAAUACGGACAUUGCUAAGGAGCUGCGUUUGCCUCCUGUAAAGCUGCACUGCUCGAUGCUGGCUGAGGAUGCCAUCAAGGCUGCUUUGGCUGACUAUAAGGUCAAGCAGCAGAAGAAGGAAUCGAAUUAAAUCGAAUUAUAUUGAACAUUGAUAACAACUAUUAAUCUAUAAUGUGUAUGAACAAAUAAACUGUUCUACUAUAUUAUAUUAUUGUUUAUAUUUAGACGCUUGCGAUUUAUGACCAGUGAGUGAGCGAAGUAUGUUUGGAAUAUAGAACCAUGAUGUGGAUUUGCUGGAACUGAUCUUAACUGAGCGAUGUAUGAAUGUGAAUGAUGUGUGUAUGGACUGUCUGCGUUUUGGGGGAGUUAAAGAGCUGGCUUAGAGCCACAUUAAAUUUGAAGUUGUCGAGUGCAAAUUUAAGCUUGUAGAAUAUUAUUAUAUAUGUAUACAUUAUGAAUAAAACUGUUUCCGAUUUUCAAAGAGAA